AGCAGCAGCUACCUGGAAAAGCAGCAGGAGCAGCAGCAGAAUUCGAAGGUUGCCAUAGCAAUGAUCAACGGCCUUCCAGCAAGCUACUUUAGCAGCAGCAAUGAACAAGCAGUUAACCACCUUAGAUCUGGCAGAUAACGGCUGCAGAAUCCGCAACCCCCUGGGACAACAUUGACACCAGCUUUCCUGUGACAGAGCAGAAGUAUACCUUUCUAUAGAGGAAUCCGAGGGAUUGUGAAGAGAGUCUGUCAAGAAGAAGCCAAAUUAUGCUAACCUACAUGAGGCAGUGAAAGCUGGUGAUGUAGAACAACUUGCAUCAAUGGUAAAAAGUGGAGCCAGUAUUAAUGAGGUGGAUUUAGUCCAUAAAUUUACACCUUUGCACUGUGCAGCACACUCUGGAAGCCUGGAGUGUCUUCACUGGCUGCUCUGGCAUGGGGCUGAUAUAACAGCUUUAGCUAUAAGAGACUGGACAGCUGCUCACUUUGCUGCUAUCAGAGGUCAUGAUGCUUGUAUGCAGGCCCUUGUAAUGAAUGGAGUAAACUUAACAGCUCAAGAUGACCGAGGAUGCACUCCGUCACACCUAGCUGCAGCCCAUGGGCAAUCCUACACUUUACAAACCAUCCUGCGGAGUGGAAUGGAUGCAAAUGUUUCAGAUAAGAAUGACUGGCAGCCAGUUCAUUAUGCUGCUUUUCAUGGCCGCUUGGGUUGUUUGCAGCUUCUUAUUAGAUGGGGAGCUACUAUAAAUGAUGUGGAUAACAAUGGAAAUCUUCCAGCUCAUCUGGCAGCAAUGGAGGGCCACCUGCAUUGUUUUAAGUUCUUGGUUAGUAAAAUGGCCAGUGUGUCUCACACCUUGAAAGCCAGGAAUGACCAUGGGGAGACCCCAAAGGACUUGGCACAGAGGUUCUAUAAGGAUAAUAUUGUGCAGUACAUCGACAGUGUGGAACAUGAGAGAGAUCAUCCAGAAGAACAGGAAAAUUUAGCAUUUCCAGCCCAUGUGGCUGCCUUCAAAGGGGACUUGGUGAUGCUUAGAAGAUUAGUGGAAAGUGGAGUCAUCAAUAUUAAUGAACGGGAUGAAAAGGGAUCCACUCUCAUGCACAAAGCUGCUGGACAAGGCCACAUAAGCUGCUUGCAAUGGUUGAUUGAAACGGGAGCUGAUUGUGACAUUACAAAUGAAGCUGGAGAGACUCCAAAGGAUGUAGCCAAGAGGUAGCAUUUGCUCAGCUGCAGCUGUGGAGUUUUGGACGGGCA